UUUCAAACAAUAAAUAAUUAAAAAUAAAGCAAACGCUCCACAUUGUAUUUUCCGGCGAACGACGCCGGAAAUGGACGAGUCACAGAGAAUCGGCUCCGACUUAAUGCGGGGCCUCCCUCGCCUGCGUUCGGUGGAGGACCGCUCAUCUUCCCGGCGGCAACGCCCCAUCUUCACCGGCGCCGGCGUCGGCCAUUCGGAAUCCGACGACUUUUCCGACGUAUUCGGGGGCCCACCGCGAACCCUCCUGGCGCACAAAUUUUCGAGCUCAGGGACGUUUUAUGAGGAGAUUUUCCGGCGGCCGGAGUUUUCAUAUCCGGCGGCGAAGGGUGGCCGGAGCUUGCCGGUGUUCAGGAUUCCGGCGAGGAAUGAGGGGUUUUACAGCGACAUAUUCGGGUCGGACGAUGAGCGGAAAUCGAGAGAGCGGUCGAGGUCGCUGUCGAAGGAGAAUUCGUCGUCGGCGAUGAGUUCGGAAGAGUUAAGCCCUUGCCGGCCGGCGAUCGGAGAUGACGUGGCACUCUCUGGUUUUGCUUCAAGGCUAAGUAAUGGGAUUCUGAGGGUUCCUAGUGGUGAUUGCUACAGGCCAAUCAAUGUCUCAUGGAGAUGGAACUCAUCCACUGAGGCUGAGGAACACCCAAGUAAACAUGGGGUGCCACUUUUUGCAUACAAUAAUGGUCAAACAUUUGAAAAUGAAUACAAGGAAAACAUGAGAAGCUCAUAUUUAGGAUCCUCAAGAAGAGUAUCAUCCCCAGAAACUGCUAGUCUUGAAUCUAAUUCAUAUCAAAGUAUCAAAGUAUUCACUGAUGACUGGGACCUCAAUUCUGUUGUCUCUUCAAUUUAUCAAGAACCUCAGGCAAAAUUGUCAGUGCAUGAUCAUGUGCUUUCACAACAAAAUGUUGAUUUUGAUGAUGAUGAUGAUGAUGAUGAUGAAGCUAUGAGCUCCUAUGUCAUUGAACUUAACUCCAACCUCAGAAGGGAAGAGUGUGAAGCAUCAGACAUUGAUGAAGCAAUUGCAUGGGCCAAAGAAAAGUUUCAAUCACGAAGCUCUGAUGAAGAAUCAAGCGUGAGACAUGAUGGCAAUGGGCAAACUGUUGGAACAGGAAGCUCUGAUGCAAGUGAAUACCACACUGACAAAAUUGGAAUAGUUCAAACUCAGGAGAAGCAACAGACAGAGACAGAGAAGUUGGACAGAGAUAUAAGAUUGUGGUCCUCUGGCAAUGAAACAGAUAUAAGGCUACUACUUUCAACACUACAUCAUAUUCUAAGCCCUGAGAGUGGCUGGUAUGCUAUUCCUCUUAUGAGUCUAUUAGAAAGCUCAAAGGUGAAGAAGGGUUAUCAGAGAGCAAGGUUAUGCCUGCAUCCAGACAAACUGCAGCAAAGAGGAGCAACACCACUUCAGAAGUAUGUAGCAGAGAAGGCUUUCUCAGUUCUUCAGGAUGCAUGGGCCGCAUUCAUUUCUGAAGAUGUUUCCUUCUAACCAGUGGAUGAUUCUAAUUCUUGAUAACUCAGUUUUGUCUUGAAAUUUGUGGACAGACACCAAGCUUGACAUGAAGCAGAUAUAAUCUAAAUACAUAAAAGUUGAAAAUAUCAGGUCUUUUGUACAAAUAGUUACUGAUGGAUCUACUGUUCUUUUUAUGUUUGUAUCAUAAGUUGUUUGUUGCUUUAGUAGGCAUUUUCUGAUGUGGUUAACAGAGUAAUUUGAUUCGUCUUAGUAUUUGAUUUGUAUAUGAUGACGUUGAAGCAAAAAUUAGUUUGUAUGAUUCAUAUGGAAUCCUACUAUUGCAAUUCCAUCUCAUUGACCAAAG